AUGCGAUGCCAACGUGUAAAGGAGUGUGUGUGCAGGCCAUGUGGAGGCUGGAAGGUGGCUGCCUGGCUGCUGGCAUCCCUGCUAGGGUCCCUGCUACUGGUGGCUGUCGGAGUGAUACUGCAGAUCGUGCGUCUGGUGAACGGGCGUGACCGGUGUGAGGGGCGUGUGGAAGUGUGGCACAACGGAACGUGGGGUACGGUGUGUGAUGACGACUGGGACAUGGUAGAUGCCAAUGUGGUGUGUCGGCAGCUGGCCUGUGGCCUGGCUGUGGCGGUGGGCAGCAUCAAAGAGUACGGCCGGGGCUUGGGGCCCAUCUUGCUGGACAACGUAGACUGUAAAGGAGGGGAGACAGACCUGGGACAGUGUGGCAGUCUGGGCUGGGGAAUCCAUAACUGUUACCACUACGAGGAUGUAUCGGUCACAUGCAAAGGAGAUGGUAGGAUCCGGUUAGUUGGUGGACUGGACUACUGCCAGGGACGAGUGGAGAUCUUCAACCAGGGCAGCUGGGGGACGGUGUGUGAUGACGACUGGGGUAGGAGAGACGCAGGGGUGGUGUGUCAGCAGAUUGGCUGUGGCCACGCUGUUUCUUCCACCACCAACGCCUACUUUGGUUACGGCACAGGACUGAUUCUAUUGGACAACGUCAACUGUAUUGGCUACGAGAAGCAGCUGAGUAAAUGCUACAGCCUGGGAUGGGGGAUACACAACUGUGGACAUCAUGAGGAUGCUGGAGUUAUCUGUUCAGGUUCAGGCUCCACCACAGUUCCUCCCAAGAACACUGCCACAAUGCCCAUGGGAAGGGGAUUCUUCCAGACUGCCAGCAUUGCAGAGCGUCCCAUCAUCCGCGUGGUGAACGGUAAUAGCAGCUGCCAGGGUCGCGUGGAGGUGUUCCACAGCAACCUCUGGGGCACGGUGUGUGACGACGACUGGGGGCUGCCUAACGCCCAGGUGGUGUGUAGGCAGCUGGGAUGUGGUCCCGCCAUCGCCGCCAAGAUCCUGGCCUUCUUCGGCUACGGAUCGGGUCCCAUCUUGCUGGACAAUGUGGACUGUACGGGCAGUGAAAUAAAACUGGAGAAUUGUUUCAACCUGGGCUGGGGACAGCACAACUGUGGACACCAUGAAGACGCUGGUGUUAUCUGUGCACAGGAAGAUGUCCUUCCUGUGACUAAGGUCUUCAUCAUGUCAGAGAAAGAUGUCCUUCCUGUGACUAAGGUCUUCAUCAUGUCAGAGGAAGAUGUCCUUCCUGUGACUAAGGUCUUCAUCAUGUCAGAGGAAGAUGUCCUUCCUGUGACUAAGGUCUUCAUCAAGUCAGAGGAAGAUGUCCUUCCUGUGACUAAGGUCUUCAUCAUGUCAGAGAAAGAUGUCCUUCCUGUGACUAAGGUCUUCAUCAUGUCAGAGGAAGAUGUCCUUCCUGUGACUAAGGUCUUCAUCAAGUCAGAGGAAGAUGUCCUUCCUGUGACUAAGGUCUUCAUCAUGUCAGAGGAAGAUGUCCUUCCUGUGACUAAGGUCUUCAUCAUGUCAGAGGAAGAUGUCCUUCCUGUGACUAAGGUCUUCAUCAUGUCAGAGGAAGAUGUCCUUCCUGUGACUAAGGUCUUCAUCAUGUCAGAGAAAGAUGUCCUUCCUGUGACUAAGGUCAUCAAGUCAGAGUUAUCAGAGCAGACCAGAGGCUUCACCAUGACAGAAACAACACGCACCACUAGACCACCAAGUGAAGGCAUGGUGAGGUUGGUGGGCGGGCAGCACCACUGCGAGGGUCGGGUGGAGAUCUUCUCAGGGGCGAAAUGGGGUACGGUGUGUGACGACGCCUGGGACAUGCCAGAUGCCCAGGUGGUGUGUCGCCAGCUGGGCUGUGGGCAGGCUGUUGCGGCGAGCGGGGAGGCCUACUUCGGGCCCGGCAGCGGCACCAUCCUCCUGGACAAUCUGAAGUGCAGUGGCUCCGAGGCCUCGCUCCAGCAGUGCUCACACAUAUCCUGGGAUGUACACAACUGUGACCAUUCUGAAGACGCCGGCGUCACGUGCUCACUGUCGUGA